CCAGGAGAUUGAUUUUCUUUACUACGGGAAUAGUCUUUUUGGCAUGAUGUGUAGCAAACGUCUUGAAUGUGUUUGCCAGAUUCCUAUGUACCACAGUCGUUUUCUGAAGUUUGGUUAUACUCUUGAUUUCUAUCUCCAAUUGUCUUAUGAUGUUCUUAACAAGGGUUUUUUGAACAUUACUGGUGCAUUCGAAGACUCUAUGAGGUACUGUGAUUUCAAGAUUCUUAUAGCUUGCUGUGACAAUGGAAUGAUAAUUCCAUUUCAAGUUGCUUUGACUGAUGAGCCUUUCAAGACAACCUCGAUUGGGACUGGGUGGGAAUAUUUCUACCAGGAAAACAGAUUUGUUGUUGGAGAUGUUUUGUGUUUUAAGUUUAAUAUUUGGAAUUAUUCCAAUUCUGUUAAUGUGUACAAGAUUAAUGAAUGAAGGAAUGUUUUGUUUUUGAUUUUUUA